AUGCAACAUGCAGACAACUCAACAAUCAAUGGUGAUGAAUCAUGUCAAUCUACAUGCGCUAACAGGAGUAAAGAAUGCUUCUCUGAUGACUCGACAGAAAGGAUGACCUUAGCACAUGAGGUUUCGGCCUCAGGAGGGUUGAGGGUCCUGGACGAAGAGUCAGAAGGUCUCGUUCGAUCUCCUACAGCCGGAGAAAAGAGAAAGACUCACACUAGUCAACUCUCAGACGACUCACAUGAUGCAACAAUCACCAAGAACAAGAUAGACAACUCAGAGAUUCAUGGACGAUUCUCUUCAGCACCUAGAGCAGCAGAAGAGACAUGGACUAAUGAGUCUUCAGAUCAAUCAGACAGCUCAGCAGUCUUACUCGCCACAGCCAAUGCAGUAUUACUCUCAGACUACUCUCAGCUUCCAAUAAGACUCCUGAUAGACUCGGGGUCUGAGCUGACGUUCAUCUCAUCAAGUGUGGUAAAGACUUGUCAUCUCCAACGUUGUCCAUCAGUGAUAUCAGUGCUGGGAAUUGGUAACGAACCAGCUGUACAAACUAGAGGAGUGACAACAGUGACACUUAGAUCAACUCACACACAGGAGCAAGUUACAAUUAAUGCUCAUAUCCUCAAAUGCGUCACUGGUACUUUACCAACCAGACAACUCAAGGAAAUCAACUGGUCAGCUCUCAACUCUCUUCAACUUGCUGAUCCAGACUACUCAACUCCAAGACCCAUUGAUAUCUUAAUAGGAGCAGAUUGUUAUGGUCUGAUUGUGAAGGCGGGCAUCAAACAAUUUCCUCAGUCAUCUCUCAUAGCCCAAGAUUCAAUCUUUGGAUGGAUGCUCAUUGGAAUGCCACAACAGACACGAUGCUCAACUGUGAGAACUCAUCACGCAGCAUGGGUCAGCUCAUACCAGCAAGUGUCUGAUCUCUUGACAAAAUUCUGGGUUCAAUAA